AAAACUGUGAAACACAGAGAGCAAAAGCGACGUCUCGUGCUCGCUUUUCACCGGAAUGAUAGAAAAAAUUUAACGGAAACGACGACGACCACCCUUCCGCCAUUGCCGACGCCCCCCCUCUCAUGGAAACCCUAAUCCUCCUGCCCGUCUAGACCUCCGCUGCCGGUCCUUCCUGUUUCUUCAGGCACGCUCGCAUCCUCGUUUGCCGAAGCAGUGGCGAUGCCUCGAUGCGUGACGGACCUGCUCCAGGUUGCCUGAUCGAGCGCCGUGACUUGAUCUGCGGGGGUCCUCGGGGGAGGAUUUCGGAUUCCCGGCGCCUUUGGUGCGUUUAAGCGGUGGGCUUUUCUUCGCAUUCCGGUGGCAAUGGAGUCGUUGAUGGAGUUGUGCGACCUGGUCGCGCAGCAUCCAGCGCUAUUCUCCGACAAACUCGCGUGGAUGUGCAGCCGGUGCCCCCAGCCUGACUCGUUCGGCGGUGGAUCUCCUCGGGUUUCGCCUUCUCAGCUCAAUGCCACCCUCGCUGUCGCCCGGUUCCUUUCCAAAUCGGACUCCGCCUCUGAUCACAGCCCCAACUCGGCGGUUCUCGAUUUCCUGCGCUUGAUCCCUUCCUCCUUCAGGCGGUCCUUUUGGCCGCAAUCCUUCAAGAACGAAUCUAUCGGGUCCUUUUUCACGGAUUUCCUCGGAUACCUCUCAAAGGCGACAGAACUGUCCCCGGAAUUCUCCACUGAAGUGGCUGAAGUGAUGGGAGACAUUGUCAUCUCCGCGAUCAGCUCCAGCGGGGACGAUACCGGGAUAUCUAGGGUUUUCUUGCUCUCUCUGUCGCAGAAUUUCCUGCCAAUUUUGUCUUCUGAUGCAGAUAAGCUCGUCAACUGCCUCCUCGAUCAAUUCACAGUUCCAGUUAUGGUGCCCCGGUCGCCUAGGGAACAAAUGCAGCUUAUUUCAGAGACAUCUUCAUCAUCGCAGAGCUCACCCGUGAGUGUCAUUACUAAUAAUAUGAAUUCACUCGAGGUCUCCAGUCCAAAUGUAGCUAGUCAAGUGUCUGCUGGAUCGCCAAGUGGGGCAAGUUCGAGGUUGGCGGAUGGUACCCCUAGUGCAUCCUCCUCCAGGGUCUCAGGGAUGAUGAAUGGUGAGAGCGAUUCUGGGUUAUAUGAUAAGGUGGCUUCGUUCAAGGAGGAGUCCUUGGAGAGCUUGGAGAAGCAAGAAAUCGCUUACAAGUUGAUUGCUCAUAUUGUAGAAAAAGUUAGAAUAGAUCCUAAGUUGUUGGAGCAGGUAAGAUUGAUGGCCCGGAAGCAAGUACAGUCUAUGCCUGCAUUUCUAAAGAUAAGGAAGCGGGAGUGGAAUGAGCAGGGGUCCCAUUUGAAAGCCAGAAUAAAUGCAAAACUAUCAUUUUAUCAAGCGGUUGCUAGGUUGCAAAUAAAGAGUUUGGCUUCACUUGAUUCAGAUGGAAAAUCUUCAAAAAAGUUGUGGCUUGAGGCUCUUGUACUGUUGACUGAAGCAGCUGAGGCUUGUCUCCUAUCUGUUUGGCGGAAAUUGAGAAUGUGUGAAGAUUUAUUCAGUUCACUGGUUGAAGGCAUGACCAAAAUUGCCAUCACCAAGGGAGGUCAACCUCUACGUGUUUUACUCAUUCGCAUUAAGCUCCUUGUGCUGACAGCAUGUGCUCAGGCAGAUACUUGGGCUAGCAGCCCAGGAACCAUGGUCGAGAGUGUCUUGAAGGCAAGCCGAGAAGUUAUUGAAUAUGGCUGGAGCAGGGACCGGGCUCCUGUGGACACUUUUAUCAUGGGACUGGCAGCAAGCAUUCGUGAACGGAAUGACUAUGAUGAACAGGUUGAGAAAGAGAAGCAAUCGAUUCCUGUAGUGCAACUCAACCUGAUACGGUUGCUGGCAGAUUUGAGUGUUGCUGCUGACAAAUCAGAAGUGGUAGACAUGAUAUUGCCACUUUUCAUUGAAAGUUUAGAAGAGGGGGAUGCCUCAACUCCCUGUUUACUUCGACUUCGACUCCUUGAUGCUGUAUCACACAUGGCAAGUUUAGGUUUUGAGAAGUCAUAUCGGGAGACUGUUGUUUUGUUGACAAGGAGCUACUUGAAUAAACUUUCAACUUUAGGAUCUGCUGAUAGCAAAACGUUGGCAGCGGAAGCCACUACAGAACGUGUUGAGACUCUCCCUGCUGGAUUUCUUCUGAUUGCUAGCCGUCUCACAAGCAGUAAGCUGCGCUCAGAUUAUCGGCACCGUUUGCUAUCUUUGUGCUCAGAUGUAGGGUUGGCUGCUGAGAGCAAAAGCGGGAGGAGUGGAGCCGAUUAUUUAGGACCUCUGCUUCCAGCUGUUGCAGAGAUAUGUUCCGAUUUUGACCCCACUGGAGAUGUAGAACCAUCACUAUUGAAGCUAUUUCGCAACCUGUGGUUCUAUAUUGCUCUUUUUGGGCUAGCGCCCCCAAUACAAUCUACUCAGUCGCCAAACAAAUCAGUUUCAACAACACUAAAUAGUGUGGGAAGCAUAAAUGUGAUUCCUCUUCAAGCUGUCGGUGGACCUUACAUGUGGAAUGCUGAUUGGUCCACUGCUGUUAAACGUAUUGCUCAAGGAACUCCUCCCCUUGUUGUUAGCUCGGUGAAGUGGCUUGAAGAUGAAUUAGAGCUCAAUGCUCUUCACAAUCCUGGAAGUCGUCGAGGGAGUGGAAACGAGAAGGCUGCUUUGAGCCAAAGGGCUGCUCUUUCUGCUGCUUUAGGAGGGAGAGUAGAAGUUGGAGGGAUGGGUACAAUAUCAGGAGUGAAAACGACUUAUCUUCUCGCUGUAGCCUUUUUAGAAAUUAUUCGUUUCAGCAGCAAUGGUGGCAUUCUCAAUGGAGGAAACAAUUGGACUGUUUCCAGAAGUGCAUUCAGUUGUGUAUUUGAAUAUCUCAAAACUCCAAAUCUUAUGCCGGCUGUGUCACAAUGUCUGAUGGCAAUUGUCCACCGUGCAUUUGAAACCGCAGUACUUUGGCUGGAAGAUCGAAUAUCUGAAACGGGCCAUCAAGCGGAGAUGCGAGACUCUACUCUCUGUGUUCAUGCUGCUUUUCUCAUAAAAAGUAUGUCCCAGAGGGAGGAAAGCAUUCGGGAUAUUGCUGUGAAUCUGUUGACACAGCUCAGAGAUAAGUUUCCUCAGGUUCUGUGGAAUUCAUCCUGUCUGGAUUCGCUCUUAUUUUCUGUGAAUGCUGAUUCAUCUUCAGCCCUUGUCAAUGACCCUGCCUGGAUAGCAGCUGUUAAAUCAUUGUAUCAACGGGUUGUCAGGGAAUGGAUCAUCAAAUCACUUUCAUAUGCGCCAUGCACAAGCCAGGGCCUUCUUCAGGAAAAACUUUGUAAAGCAAACACAUGGCAGAGAAAUCAGCCCACGACUGAGGUGGUGUCUCUUUUAUCUGAGAUAAGGAUCGGUACUGGUAAAAAUGACUGGAAUGGCAUGCAAACUGCAAAUAUCCCUGCUGUCAUGGCAGCUGCUGCUGCAGCUUCAGGGGCAAACUUAAAGUGGACUGAGCCUUUCAACUUUGAGGUGCUUAGUACUGGUAUAGUCAGUGCAACAGUCAAGUGCAACCAUGCUGGGGAAAUCACAGGCAUGAGAAGUCUGUUCGACAGCUUUGGGGGGUUGAAUAUGGGUACUCCAGCACCCGCUUUUGGGAUUGCCGGGACUUUGCAGAAAUUGAAAUCUAACAUGUUUCCACAGCCACAGAUUGAGAAUAAUUUUGAUAAGGUAGUGCUUAUAAAGUUUGUUCAGCAGCUCCAACAUUUUGUCAACAUGUAUGAGAAAGGUGGGGAGUUCGACAAGACAGCAUUUCGUCAAACUUGUUCACAAGCGACGGCCUUCCUGCUAUCAAAUUUGGAGAGUACUACAAAGUCAAACAUAGAAGGGUUCUCACAGCUUCUACGCCUUCUUUGUUGGUGUCCUGCCUAUAUUUCAACACCAGAUGCAAUGGAGACCGGAGUUUUUGUUUGGACUUGGUUGGUCUCUGCCGCACCUCAACUUGGCUCGCUUGUCCUUGCAGAGCUUGUUGAUGCUUGGCUAUGGACAAUUGAUACGAAACGUGGUCUUUUUGCAUCUGAAGUAAGGUACUCUGGACCUGCAGCCAAACUGAGGCCUCACCUUGCCCCAGGAGAGCCGGAGCCACUUCCUGAACACGAUCCUGUCGAACAAAUAAUUGCUCAUAGAUUGUGGCUGGGCUUUUUUAUUGAUCGAUUUGAGGUCAUUCGCCACAUUAAUGUGGACCAGCUCUUGCUCCUUGGUCGUAUGUUACAAGGAACUACAAAACUCCCCUGGAACUUCUCACGGCAUCCUGCAGCUACUGGUACAUUUUUUACUUUAAUGCUUCUUGGACUCAAGUUCUGUUCAUGCCAAUCGCAAGGAAAUCUGCAGAAGUUUAAAUCAGGGCUUCAGUUGCUAGAAGAUCGAAUAUACAGGGCUUCCUUGGGUUGGUUUGCUUAUGAACCUGAGUGGUUUGACAUGAGCAAUAUGAAUUUUGCUCAGAGUGAGGCGCAAUCUGUAUCUAUAUUUGUUCAGUUUCUACUUAGUGACCGAGGGGAUGCUCUUCAAUCGAAUAUUAAAGGAUCCGGGAAUGAAAACGAAUGCAGUUUCAUUGAUGUGAAUUAUAAAUGUCAUCCUAUCUGGGGCCCCAUGGAGAAUUAUGCUGUGGAAAGAGAGAAGCGCAAGCAGCUACUUUUAAUGCUAUGCCAGCAUGAGGCUGAUAGGCUGGAAGUUUGGGCAGCGCCCACCAACUCGAAGGAUCCUGGUUCUCGGCCUAAAAUUAGCUCAGACAAAUGGAUUGAAAAUGCCAAGACUGCCUUUGCUGUAGAUCCUCGGAUUGCAUUAUCAUUGGUCUCAAGGUUCCGGGCAAAUACUCACCUGAAAAAUGAAGUAACUCAGCUGAUUCAGUCUCAUAUAUUGGAGGUUCGCACCAUACCUGAAGCAUUGCCAUAUUUUGUCACGCCUAAGGCAGUUGAUGAGAAUUCAGUUCUUUUGCAACAACUCCCACAUUGGGCUGCUUGUUCAAUAACGCAAGCCCUAGAGUUCCUUACUCCUGCAUACAAGGGCCAUCCUCGAGUCAUGGCUUAUGUUCUCAGGGUGCUGGAGUCCUAUCCUCCUGAGAGGGUGACAUUCUUCAUGCCCCAGCUGGUUCAGGCCCUACGAUAUGAUGAUGAUAGGUUAGUAGAGGGUUAUUUGCUCAGAGCUACUAAGAGGAGUGAUAUAUUUGCUCACAUAUUGAUUUGGCACCUACAGGGUGAGACUUGUGCCUCAGAACCUGGGAAAGAUCCUGUAGCUAAUGCAAAGAAUGCCGCUUUUCAAGCAUUGUUGCCAGCUGUUAGGCAGCGAAUAAUUGAUGAGUUCAAUCCCAAGGCCCUUGACUUGUUCAAGAGAGAGUUCGAUUUCUUUGAUAAAGUCACAUCGAUUUCAGGCGUGCUCUUUCCAUUACCAAAGGAAGAACGCCGAGCUGGUAUUCGCAGGGAGUUGGAGAAAAUUGAAAUGGAUGGCGAUGAUCUCUAUCUACCCACUGCUACUACUAAACUCGUCAGGGGUAUUCAAGUGGACAGUGGAAUACCUCUACAAUCAGCAGCAAAAGUUCCUAUUAUGAUCACAUUUAAUGUGGUUGAUCAUGAUGGUGACCCUAAUGACAUAAAGCCCCAAGCCUGCAUAUUUAAGGUUGGAGAUGAUUGUCGCCAAGACGUGCUGGCUCUUCAAGUGAUAUCACUUCUCAGAGACAUUUUCCAGGCAGUUGGGCUUAAUUUGUAUCUAUUUCCUUAUGGUGUUCUCCCAACUGGUCCUGAAAGGGGAAUUAUCGAAGUCGUUCCCAACACACGAAGCAGAAGUCAGAUGGGGGAGACCACUGAUGGUGGACUGUACGAGAUCUUCCAACAGGAUUAUGGGCCUGUUGGCACCCCAUCUUUUGAAGCCGCUCGUGAAAAUUUCAUCAUCAGUAGUGCUGGUUAUGCAGUUGCCAGUCUUCUACUUCAACCAAAAGAUAGGCACAAUGGCAAUCUUCUCUUCGACAAUACGGGGAGACUCGUGCAUAUCGAUUUUGGCUUCAUUCUCGAAACUUCACCUGGCGGAAACAUGCGAUUUGAGAGUGCGCACUUCAAGCUGAGUCACGAGAUGACUCAGCUGCUUGACCCAUCGGGAGUUAUGAAGAGUGAAACCUGGUAUCGCUUUGUGGGGUUGUGCGUGAAAGGAUAUCUCGCUGCCCGCCGUUACAUGGAUGGAAUUAUAAACACAGUGCUGUUAAUGGUCGAUAGCGGCUUGCCUUGCUUUAGUAGAGGAGACCCAAUAGGAAACCUCCGCAAGAGGUUCCAUCCUGAGAUGAACGAGAGGGAAGCAGCCAACUUCAUGAUACGAACAUGCACUGAUGCAUACAACAAGUGGACUACCGCUGGUUACGACUUGAUACAAUAUCUGCAGCAAGGCAUUGAGAAGUGAAUCCUCUUUCCCCGACUCUAUGUUAUAUAUUAUACAUAUAUAUAUGAAUUGGUGAGUUCAAAUGUAAAUUGAUUUGAUUGGAAUCCCAUAGGUGACAUUUUUGUAGCAAUGAAUUUUUUUCCUUUUCAAGUUCUUGUGACCAUAGACAUGCCAGGUAAAUUUGCAAUGGCUGGGGUUGGCGCGGCUCUGGAGGGAUGCUUGAGGAGGCAUGUAUACUUAGCUGCACUAUUUUAUUCCCUUGUGGGAUUUGUAUAGUAGCAAUCCUAUAUUGAAUUAUCCUGUGUAUUCUUCGCGAUUUUCGGAGGAAUGAGUAUAUUCUUGGGAGGGAGGAGUGUUUUCACCUUUCA